UACAAAUUCGAUUGGGUGUUCAAUAGAGCAAAUUGGCUUGGGUUCCACUUCCUCCUGUUCCUUGAAUUCAUGGACGAGUUCCAGUAUUCGUACGACGUCGGUCCUCUCUUUUUUUGUGCGAGAGAUUUGAGAACCAACGAGCUUUUCCCUCACGAGAAGAGGUUCGUUCGUUCCCUUUCUUGGGGUGGUUUAUGUGGAACCUUCAGACCGCCACACUGCAGAUGGAUAGACGAGCAUGUAGUGGAGGACAAAUGGUUGAGCUUUAGAGGCCAGCAGUUGGCAUCGGCACUUGUCAAGAACGGUGGUGGAGAGAAGGCGUUUACAAACUAGGGAAUCACUAUUGCUCGCCGAUAAUCUGGAGCGCAAAGUUCAAACCAGAGGGAAACAUGAAAAGUCGUCAAGUCCUACAAGGACUCCUAUUCAUUUAUUUCGUCCAGAGCUCGUUGCCUCUGGAGAACCUAAUUGGAAAGCAGGUUAAACCUCUGCCGGAUCCUGACCCUAUUUUCAACCCCUAUCCAACUCCAGACACGGGUCCCUACUUCGAUCUUCACCGAACCGUCAAUGUAACGGCCCUCAAAGGAGUCACGACUCAUUUAGUUUGUCGCGUCAAGCGCUUGGGAAAUCACACGGUCUCUUGGAUAAGAAUUGCCGAUACAAGUUUAUUGACGGUGGGUCGCUACACGUACACCACGGACCUUCGCUUUGAAGCAUUUCACUCACCUCACACGGAUGACUGGAUUGUCCGACUCAAGAACCCCAAGCCCAAGGAUACCGGUAUAUACGGAUGUCAGAUAUCCACUACACCUCACCAGACUCAUUUGGUCCAUCUAGUGGUUCACGAACCUAACACGAAGAUCAUUGGAGGACCGGAUAUGUUUGUGGACGUUGGGAGUAUGGUGAACCUCAGCUGUGUGGUGGGCCACACGGAAAGACCUCCAUCAAAGGUCACCUGGUUGCACAAUGGACGCGAGAUCUCAUUUAGAGGACCAAGGAAUGGAGUCUCGGUUAUCACCGAAAAAGCCGAGGAGACGACGAUUCAUCUACUCAUGCAGGGGGCAAAUGGUCGAGACUCGGGCAUCUACGAGUGUGUUCCCAGCAACGCCCCUAAAGCCCAAAUCAAAGUCCAUAUUCUUAGAGGAAAUCAAGUGGCUGGUUUGCAAACGAACGGAUCUCGACCACAUUUCUUUUUUAAUACCUCCAGUCGAAUGUCAUUGCCUCAUCUGCUGUGUCAAUUGUUGUGGAUCCACGUCUUUCCUUACCUAGCUCGAUCCAGAUACAGUGUCUAAGGUGUAAAAAAUAUAUAAAUGCUCCUUUUUAA